AGUCGUUCUUCAGCAUUAACUCAACACACACACGUGUGCUAUCUUCUUUAUAUUGCCGCGAGUUAACUCAAUUUGGAAAGGAUUUGUAAACUGUAAUGUUUGUGUUUGGCAAAAGUGAUGUAAGGUGUGGAGUCAAGGCACCGAGUAAACGAUGCGCUUAUUUGGAAACGGUAGAAUAUGGCUACUUGGAAAUUAGAUUACAUCAAGGAUCCCAAUUCCCUUAGCACAUUACAUAGAAAAGGGAUACAAGGCACUAACAAGCGAAAAGAAAAAAUGGGGAAAACUCGGUGGCGCACCAUACCUGUAGCUGUUUAGGAACCCUAAAUUAAGUUUUUUGGGACCAAGUCAUGUUGAAGAGGUACUUCAUCUUGUUCUAUGAGAUUUCAUUGCUGAACUCUGUCUUUGCAUUUAUUCCUUGGAAGGACUUGCAAGUCUCCAGUGGUGGAAAUAAAGCUGAAAAUGAAGUCCUGUUGAAUGCAGAAGUUGCUCAUCAGUUCCUCAGCCGUAACCUGCUGUAUAACAACUGGGAUUUUGAGCUGAUCACACCUGGUAACUUGGAGCGAGAGUGUUACGAAGAGGUGUGCAACUAUGAAGAAGCCCGGGAGGUCUUUGAAGAUGACAAGCAAACAAAAACCUUUUGGGAUACGUAUGUAAAGAGUGGACCACACAGUGGAUCAGGUUCCAGUUCCCCUAAGUUUGACGUAGCUGGAUUAGUGGCUGGGCUCAUCGCUGCCAUUGUAAUCCUAGUCAUAGCAGCAGUGAUCGCUAUGUACUGUAUAAGAUACAGAGGGAAACGCUUCAACAGGACUGGUUCUAGAUCAGUGCCAGUCUCUUUGGUGACUUCAAAUCCUCAAGGUGAACCAGAACACGUGCCCCUUGCAAACUUGCCAGCUGCACCUGGACUACCAUCUUAUGAAGAGGCAUUAGAAGGCAGAGGCAUGUAUGAUGGACACCCACCACCAUACAACAGGGAAGCAGAAUCCAGCCAUUCUCAGCAUUCCAGCACCUGAUCUCCAGUGCAAAGGACAUGAAAAUGGAGCAAGUUUUAUAGUAUGGGCAGGUUUUAUUACUGCUGCAAUGGUUCAUCUCCCAGUCGUUCGCAGCAACAGUACCUAUUUUGUUCAUUAUAUUUUGUUUCCUUCCCAUCAUUCCACACAAUGGAUGAUUUUUAUUGCCUUUUAAAGAGACUCAAUGUACAAAAAAACUGUUCAGUUUACAAAGUUAAAAGCUGGACUAGAUAGUAUUUGUGUAAUAAUAAUAAUUAAAACUAACCAUGUUAAAGUAUGCAAAAACUUUGUUUAUCAGAUUGUGGCUUUUGGGAAAAUUGACUGCAAACACUGGACUGAUUGAUCUCCUUUAUAAUGCAGCUAGUCAAAAAUCUGCAGUCAGAAAGCAAGACUACCACUUGAAUUGUGUUUAACCCUUUCCCUUGUUCUUCAAAAACCAUGCAGUAAGCUAUGAGAAGCAUUCUUCUGUUCCUUUCUGUUGGUGCUUUAAACUGGAUGUUCCAGUAUGCCUGGCAUACAAUAUGCAGCCAGUCCUUUUGUAAAUGAGACCAAGUGUGAUUUGGGAUUCAGCAAAAGUUCACAUAAUGUUUUCAACUGGAGAGUACGUUGAAAAGUACAUUCACGUUUACAGAAUUGUUGCUGCAAAAUAGGAUUAGCAAAAUAUAUAAAUUAUUUGACAAAAGUAAAAUUCAGUGUAAAAAAGAGAAGGGAGUACCUUUAUUUUUCUUACCCAGUAAUCAUAUAUUUACAGUUCAGUGCUAUAUUUGCCAUGCAUGUCAUGUAAAACUGCUUCUGGCCUUUAUUUUCCUUCUCUUUCAAUGAACCUUAAUGUAUAUAUUUAAAGCACUUGCCAUUAAAAAAAAAAAAAAAAAAAAGAGUU